CAGCAGUGCCAUGGAUCUUGGAGUCUAGAAUGCCAUGUUAAUUGAUUUUGCUGUGUUUGCAUUCAAAUCUGAUUUUGUGCACAUACAGUAGUGUAACCAAUUCGCAUUUAGUUAAUACAACCUUAUUACCAUCUACUCUACUUGAUAAAUAGUGAUUGAAGGAAGUAUUCAGCAUUCACUGAGCUGCUGUCUGGGGAAUAGCCACUCUUGAGUUAGGCUCUGCAAAUAACCACACUCAUCCAAAAUUGCAGAAAAUAUACUGAGCAGUAGUAAACUCCUGCAAAAGAACUAGUGGUUGGAAUUGGACAGAGUCUGAUGAGAAGGUGGAUUUACAAUGGCUUACUCCCUUGGAGAAUGUACCACCAGUGGUCUCUGCCUCCACAGUCGUCCUCUGAGCAAAGGGCCCAUGUUGUGGAUCUGCGCUCUGACACAGUCACCAAGCCCACCCGGGGCAUGAAAAAAGCCAUGAUGGAGGCUCUGCUGGGUGAUGAUGUGUACCGGGAGGACCCUACAGUCUCCGAGCUGGAGAGCAGGAUGGCGGAGAUAACAGGGAAGGAAACAGCUCUCUUUGUCCCUUCUGGCACCAUGGGCAACCUCAUAUCAUUGUUGGCACACUGUGAACACCGCGGCUCAGAAGUGCUGCUUGGUGACUUGGCUCACAUCUUCCUGUACGAGCAAGCUGGCAUGGCUCAGCUUGGUGGCAUACAACCUCAUAUCAUUCCAACUUCUGCCAAUGGCACCUACGAUGUUAGUGAGAUUAGGAUGCGCUUGAGGGAUGAGGACAUUCACUGCCCAAGAACAUCUCUUAUAUGCCUGGAAAACACCCAGAACAAGUGUGGGGGUAAGGUUGUGCCACUCUCCUGGAUCGAUGAGGUGGGCAAAGUGGCUCAUUCAUUGGGGAUACCGGUGCACAUGGAUGGUGCCCGGCUCAUGAAUGCAGCAGUGGCCAGCGGGGACAGUGUUACUCGCAUCCUUGAAGCCUGUGAUACAGCCUCCAUCUGCUUCAGUAAGGGCCUUGGAACUCCUGUUGGCUCUGUCGUUGUGGGACCACAGCCCUUCAUGUACAAAGCUCUACGUAUAAGGAAAGUGUUGGGGGGAGGCAUGAGGCAGGCUGGCAUGCUAGCUGCUGCUGCUCUUUACUCCCUGGAUCAUAUGGUGGACCGCCUUGCCCACGACCACGCACAUGCCCAGAUGCUAGCGCAAGCAAUACACGAGGCUAGCAGCAGCAGUGUGUGGUGCCGGCCCUCCGAAGUUCAUACCAACAUUGUUGUUGUUGAAGUUAAUCCUGAUGUCCUGAGUCCUGAAAAGUUUUGUGAACGAAUGGCAAUGGUCGGGAGAGGAGAGGAGACUGCAGUGGGGGGCAGCAUUGUAGUGAAGGUGCUGCCCUGGGCCUGUGACGCCGUGCGCUUUGUCACCCACCACGAUGCCUCCACAGCUGACAUUGAGGCUGUGGUUGCCAAGCUCAGGUACGUCAUCCAAGAGGUGGACAGCAGGGAAACCUGAGGAAAAGGUGGAGUUCUUAUCAAUGGGUUUGUGUUUGAAAUCUGUUCAAAUUUUCAGUGUUGUUGGAUUUUCCAGUAAAUGUAAUUCUUUUAUUUUGUUGAAUGAAAUAUAUUUUUUAUUACACUUUAAUCUGCUCAACCAUAUAAACAAGGCCUUAGAUUGUAUUACAUGUACCUGUUCCAAAUGAUUAUGUAAUGUGUGUGUGUGUGUGUGUGUGUGUGUGUGUGUGUGUUCACUAUAUAAUAAAAUUAUUUUACAAAGUAUAGUACACUUUUUGAAUGCCUACAUGGGCUCAGUUGAGUAGAUGAAUGAAAGCAUCCUCUUCUUCAGGCAAACUCUUGAAUCUCACAAUUAUUUGAUUCAGUUACUUCACCUGAUGAGCUCUUUUAAGAGAAGUAUCAAGAUCUUUAGAACAGAAUUCAUCACCAUCAUCAUUUCAUUUAACGUCCGUUUUCACUCUUCCUGAGCGGUUGGACGCUUUAUGGCUUUCCUCCAUUCUACUCUGUCUUCUGCCCGAUGCUCAUUCAAUCCCAUCAAUGCCAGUUCCUCCUGUAUACACCUCCACAUUUUCCUAGGUCUACCAACUGGUCUCCUUCCUUCCACCACCAAUCUCUCCAAAACUCCCAGCACUGUAUCCUCCCUUGCUCUCUUUUUAUAUCCAAACCAUCGGAGUCUUUCCCUUCUGAGCACUGUUUCCAGGUACUCUACUCCACAUCUGUUAGCUACAUCUGCACUGGACACCCUGUCUUGCCAGCUGAUCCCUACCAUAUACCUCAGCAUUCUGCGAUCACUUGCUCUCAAUACCUCCAUCAAUUGGAUUAUUAUUUUGGGAGAAGAUCUGUCGUGCUAUAUGGGAAUGUUUUGGGAGGCAUUUUUAUAUCUUUAGCUCAUGAACUAUCUCCUGAACCAUAAAAAACUCAAACACCAAGAGUGUUUUUCUUUCUUUAAUUUUUACUCACCCAGUUCUCAUGGAGAUGCUAGAAGGUGGCUAAGAGUUUGCAACAGUUUGCUUAUUGAAGGUUUUAUUCCUUUUUGUAAAAUAUUCAUCACUGGAGAUAUUUUUUGUUAUUGAACAAUGGUAUUUUAGAGAGGAACACCAUGAAUAGUUAUGACAGAAAAUAAGUAUAUCACGUUCAUUGAAAAUACCUAACUGGAGAAUAGGUAAUUUGUGGUUUAAUAUUCAUGACUCAAGACAUCAGAAAGGUCCUUCUUAGUGUUCUGGUAUUGGAAACUUGAUUCCAUACCUCUAAAGAAGUUGAUUCAAUCUGAGUGACCAGACAUUGGAAAUUAGGCCCCUCCUACCCAUAGUGGUAGUAUUCUGCUGCAGGUAGCCUUUAUUUUAAUAAAGGGCAUAUUUUACAAUAUUU